AUGUCCUCAACUUUCGAAACAUUACCAGAUGAAGUUUUAAUGCUUAUCUUCAAUUAUUCAGGUGAUUCAAGCAUGAUAUUUCAAACAUUUCUCGGGCUGAAUCAACGUCUCAACAACAUUCUCGUUGAUAAACGUUUGCAUUUACUUGCUAAUUUCUUACAUAUUGGCGCACGUGCUGCAAAUUUUGAUGAUAACUAUAAUUCUGUAGAGUUUCAAGAUGUUUCACGCCGAUUGUCAUUCGUGAAUACUACAGUUAACGAACAGGAACUUGAUCAGUAUUUCUAUUCGUUGAUUGUAUUUUAUAUUAGACAACAGUAUACACAAUUGGAAGAUCAAAUUCAAUCAACUUUGGAAAAAUGUCAAUCAGUACGUCAGCAGUUUGCCACAAACGAAAUAGUGGAUGCAGAUAGACAACUAAAAAAAUCUUUCAACGACCUACUAGACUAUCCUGUCACUCGUAAUUCGGUCAAAACAAUCGAAACACUAGUCUUCAGUAGAGGUGCUCGUCUUGAAUGCUCUGAUGAUGAGUUAAACCAAUACAAUUUGGCUACAGCCAUUAAUAAACUGUUACUUAUUCAUCUCAAUAAUGUUCACGCUGCAAGACCAUUAUUCAUCUACUCGGUUACUCGAAUGUUCAAAGCGCUCAUCAUUUCAAAUAUUCGACUUUUGAAUAAUCGAGGUUAUACUGGUAAUGGUGGUUGCAAGGUUUGGUAUUUUCUUUUUUAUUCUGUCUAUCAACUACAGUAUUUUUAUUACACUCCACCUGAUGUCUUUAUUAAUAUGAAAUGUUAUCGAGCUGUAUUAGAUUUACUUCUUUUUGCUAUACAAUGUCAGAAACAUGCUUUCAAUAUUCAACGUUGGGCUGAAGAAAGUAUUUUUGAUAUAUUGGAUAUGAUUUAUUCAAUUGAACUAGCAUAUAAGAACGGAAUCUUAAUUAAGACUAUUCAAUACGAAAUUUUGAACAUUAUCAUUGAUAAUUAUGUUUCAACCGUAACAGCACCAUGGGAUGAGAAUUUGAAUGAAAAAUUUCGAUCAAUUCUAAGUAGUUUAAUCAAAAAGAAUCGACUUGAUAUUGUUCUACUUCUUCAUCGUCGAAUUGAACACGUACAACACUUCUUUAAUCAGUUAAGAAAUAAUCCUCGGAAAGGUAUCAAUUUCAUGACAGGAAGUCGAAUAGGGCGAGAACUAUUCAAUAUUCUCAUCGAGAAGAAACCGUUGGAAACUUGUUUUACUGAUAAAGAGUUGUUAUUUAUACUGUUGCAAAAGAAAGAACGUAAAUCACUUCAAAAACUAUUGCAAUUAUCACCUCUUCUUCUCGAUCAAUCAGACGAAAAUGGAAACGAUCCAUUACUCUAUGUCUGUCUCAAAGUUCGUGGUUGUCGACAUCGAAUAGUGGAAUUUCUACUCAAGAUUGGAUGUAAUCCUCAAAGACAAAAUUUCAACGGCGAAAAUUUCGUCGAUGCAAUAAAAUUGAGUAGAAACCGAACAUUAUUGGAAAAACUAGUCGAAGAGGCAGUAAUUAAAAUCGACGACGAAUCUGGAAUGGUUCAGCUUAUUUUGGAGGAACAAAAAGAGUCAUGA